GCGUCCCGCAGCAGCGCCGCGCCCUCUUCUUCUUCCAGCUCCGGUUCCAAGGCCAACUCUCGGGGCAGUGACAGCCGCACAACCGCCCGUUGGUCACCACCCAAACUCCGCUCGCCACCGGCGCCCACCGCCAUGGCCGCGCACUCGCUGCUCACCGUGCCGCGCGCGACUGCCGGCCCGCGACUGGCUGCACCGCUUUUCACCCCGGCCGCGACCGGGCCGAGCCUCUGCCGCGCGAACUACCGGCCCGGCCACCUCACCAACCAGCAGCAGCGGCUGCGCCACCUUCACCCGGCCACCAAGCCCGGAGCCAUAGGGAGCGCCGCGGAGGCUGCUUCGGCGCCGGCGGAGGGGCUCGUGAGGUCGCUGCAGGGGGUGGAGGUGCUCGACCUGAGCGGGAAGGCGGUGCCCGUCGUUGAUCUGUGGAAGGACAGGAAGGCCGUGGUUGCGUUCGCCCGCCAUUUCGGGUGUGUGCUAUGCCGGAAGAGGGCCGACCUUCUGGCAGCUAAGCAGGAGGCAAUGGAAGCUGCAGGAGUUUCUCUUGUUUUAAUCGGACCAGGUACUGUUGAACAGGCAAAGGCGUUUUCUGAUCAAACCAAAUUCAAAGGAGAAGUAUAUGCCGAUCCGGAUUACUCAUCAUAUAGGGCUCUGGAAUUUGCCAAUGGCUUGUUCUCAACAUUCACUCCAUCGGCGGGUCUGAAGAUUAUACAGCUGUACAGGGAAGGGUACAGGCAGGACUGGGAACUGUCAUUUGAAAAGAACACCAGGACGAAAGGCGGAUGGUAUCAAGGGGGCCUCCUUGUUGCAGGCCCAGGCAUCGACAACAUCUCCUACAUCCACAAGGACAAAGAAGCUGGAGAUGACCCUGAAAUGGAGGAUGUUUUGAGAGCUUGUUGUUCCUAGAUCUUUAGUAUUGCUUUGAUCUGAGAAAUUAGAAAUAAGAAUAGAACUCCUUUAGUAUACCCACUGCCACAUGUUGUCGUAUAUAGUCGUACUAGUGGAGUGGGGUGCAUAGAUGACCAGUCCCAGGUUUUAGUAACCCCCGAGCCUCGGCAACACUUGUCCAGUACUCCAGUGCCGGUGAAAGCAUAUGAACCAGAGAACAUAGCGUGUGCGAUGCUUUGGGUGUAUUUGUAUAAACCCUAGUAAACCUGCUGCACGAAUUUAUAUAAAGAUACUGUUCAUUGCA